AUGGAAAUGGAUAUUGAUGGCGAUGUUAAUGGUGCUUUGUCGCAAGCACUUUCAUGUAUGGCUACGAGUGAUCGUGAUGUACUCAUCAAGCAAUUUCAGCAAAUUCUUGGUGAUGACCACGUACUCUCAGAUGAAACAUGCGCGUUCUUUCUUGAUAUGAAUAGCUGGAAUCUGCAAGCUGCUCUAGGGGCUUAUUAUGAUUAUGGAAGUGCGAAUGGUACUGGUUCUCCUCCUCCUGAAUAUGUUACAGAAUUGCCUUCGAUGCAGUUUGUCCAAGAUGUUACUAUAGGCGAGGGUGAGAGCGUACCACCGUGCACACGCUUUAUAAAAACAUGGCGAAUCCGCAACUCAGGAAAAAAUUGGUGGCCUAGUGGCUGUUUCUUAACUUUCAUGGAAGGUGAUAAAUUGUCGGAUACGACUCGAUGUUGGAUUCAACAGUUGCCUCCAGGGAAGGAAAUUAAUGUCAGUAUUGAAAUGGUUAGCCCUGCUGCGAAUGGAAUAUAUCAGAGCAGAUGGCAGCUGAAUACCUCUUCUGGGAUACCAUUUGGAGGUAACUGGUUGAUUGAGGAAAUCGAGACUAAGCAUUUUCAAAAUCCUUUGGCACUGUUAAAACUUAUUGCUUUAGAGUCGAUUUGGUGCAUCAUAACUGUAGAUGACAUGGGGAUUUUGGACAUCACACAACAACUUGCUUCUGCUCCUUUGGGUACAUCUGUGUCUUCGGAAGUUCAGAAUAUAAAUCCUUUUGGCGGAGUUCUCUCUUUUAACUCAGGCUUACAAGGGGAGCAGUACGUUAUUUAUGAGGAUAACAUGCUAAUGCAAGAAGAAGACGAAAACUCAUCGUUAUCCGAUACUAUUGUAAAUCAAAUUCAGGGGGCUUGGCCAGUGGAUGAUAACCAGCGUCCAGAUUCGAUGAGUGAACCUACUGAUGUAUCUCAUGACGAAGAAGCUUCAGAUGUGCCUCCUUGUACUCCUUGUACACCUCCACAGUAA